AAGGGGGGUGAGGAAAAAAAAAAGAAGAAUUACCAGUAGCUCGAGUUCUGCCAUCUCUUUCCCCAUACACACUUCACACACCUUUACCUGCACAGACUUGAAAGUCCAGUUCCACCAGGGAGCUAGAGAGAAGAUAAAGGGAGAGUUCAUUGGAUCAAACAUGUCACAAGAGACGGACAAUAAAAGGACUGUGGUUUUGGUUUCCAAUGAAACUGCUUACAAUGACCGACGAUCGUACACAAGUGAGGAUGAGGCAUGGAAAUCCUAUUUGGAAAAUCCUUUGACGGCAGCAACUAAGGCCAUGAUGAGUAUAAAUGGAGAUGAAGACAGCGCGGCUGCACUUGGUCUGCUAUAUGACUAUUACAAGGUACCUAGGGACAAAAGAUUGUUACAGUUGAAGUUGAAUGAUGUACACGAAGAACAAGAUAAAAGAAGUUGUCAUCCAGCCAGUGAAUCCCAAAAUAAUAUAAGCACAGGAGAAAACCGUGUCCAAGUCUUAAAAACCACUCCUGUUAACCUGUCUGUCAACACAGAACAUGUGGAACCUUCCAAGAGGGAUCAAUACAGCAACAGUUUGUCCGAAAGCCCUUCAUCAGCUCCUUCUACUGGGGUCCCAGCAGUAAAAGCCGAAGAGUUCACACCAGUAUUUUUGACACCUUCCAUGUCCUACAGAGGAGAUAACGAGGAACCAAGAGGGGUUAUCUUUGAGCAGACUCACUAUGGAGUACAUAAUAUUAGUACACUCCUCAAGGAAGACCAGCGCAGUACUCCGGACAGCACUUAUAAUGAAAGCUUUAAAGAAGGUGUUACUAAUAAAUACCGGAAUUCUUCAAUGGGAGCAGAAGAUUUUAUAUAUGAUCAAACAGGAAGUGGUACAUUUCAGUAUACGCUAGAAGCUACAAAAUCUCUGCGACAAAAGCAAGGAGAGGGGCCAAUGACCUAUUUAAACAAAGGACAGUUUUAUGCCAUUACUCUGAGUGAAACUGGAGCGAACAAGUGUUUCAGACAUCCCAUUAGCAAAGUCAGGAGUGUUAUAAUGGUUGUAUUUAGUGAAGAUAAAAAUCGUGAUGAACAAUUAAAAUAUUGGAAAUACUGGCACUCUCGACAACAUACUGCAAAGCAACGGGUUCUAGAUAUUGCUGACUACAAAGAAAGUUUUAACACGAUUGGAAACAUCGAAGAAAUAGCUUACAAUGCCGUGUCUUUCACGUGGGAUGUCAAUGAAGAAGCCAAGAUCUUCAUCACAGUGAAUUGUCUCAGCACAGAUUUCUCAUCACAGAAAGGAGUGAAAGGACUUCCACUUAUGAUUCAGAUUGAUACAUAUAGCUAUAAUAACAGAAGCAACAAGCCAAUCCACAGGGCGUACUGCCAGAUAAAGGUCUUCUGUGAUAAGGGUGCAGAAAGAAAAAUCCGUGAUGAAGAAAGAAAGCAAAAUAGAAAAAAAGGGAAAAGUCAGACAGUACAAACCCAAUGCAAUAAUUCAUCUGAUGGGAAGUUGUCAACUAUGCCUCUUCAGAAAAAAAGUGAUAUCACCUUUUUCAAAACGAUGACAGACCUGGAUUGUCAGCCGGUGCUCUUUAUACCUGAUGUACACUUUGGGAACCUACAAAGGAGUGGACAGAUUUUCUACAAUACGGAUGAUGAUAUAGAAGGAAGCAGUGUCUUAGUAAAAAGAAUGCUUCGUCCCAUAGAUGAAGAAUUUGGCCCUCCUGCCUCAAAGCAAAUGAAGGAAGGACACAAAAAAGUUCUUCUUUAUGUGAGAAAAGAAACUGAUGAAGUAUUUGAUGCAUUGAUGUUAAAAUAUCCAACAGUGAAAGGACUAUUGGAGGCUAUAUCAGAGAAGUAUGGUAUUCCUGGAGAAAAGAUUAUGAAAAUUUAUAAGAAAAGCAAAAAAGGCAUCUUGGUCAAUAUGGAUGAUAACAUAAUUGAGCAUUACUCCAAUGAGGAUACAUUCAUUUUAAAUGUUGAAAGUACGGUGGACCAAGGAUUCAAGAUCACCCUGACAGAAAUCUAAUAUACGCAUGGGCAUUGGUCUUAGGAAGAGCAAACUUUCAUAUUUGCGUUGAAGUGGAACAAUAUAAUACUUCAAAAUCACUGCACUUAUUGAAGACAAUGCUGCAGAGCUAUAUCGCGAUGAAUUAGGAACAUUCAUCAUGAUUUUAUCAUCAAAGUGUGGCCGACUAAUCCCCCAGUACAUUUAAACCAAAAGAAACAACAACAAAAAUAUGGAUAGAACAGAUUGACAGGUUGAAAUUAUUUAUUUUAUAGUGAUUUCUAGUGGUCUUCAUUCCAACAGUCGCCUUGCUGGAAUACAAUGGAACUUUUAGAAAAUAAAUGACUGUUGAUACAUUCACCUUUUAUUAUUAUUUUAUACUUAUGGAACGAAUGUUGUUAAGCUCAUAACAACUCUUCUGUUACAUGUUUUUUUUUUUAGCAACAGAGAUUGCAUGGACUUAUAUUAUAUGCAGCAUUUUAUUGGAAACAAAGUCAAACCUAUCUAAUGGGUACAGCUAAUGUUUAAUUUGUCUUAAACAAACAAGCAAAUGCAGUGCAAAAACAAUGUAUACUCAUUUAUUUAUUUAUUUUGCUGGUUCUUUUUUUUCUAAUCUAUUCCAAUUUAUUAGAUGAACCCACGUUUGAUUAACUAAAACCACUUGAAUGCAUAGGAUUUAAUAGGAACAAUUUAAAAAUGAAAAAGGCUAACAAACAACCAAGCUAUGUACCAAUACAGGCCAAAAUAAGUUUUCCAAGAAUUAAAAACUACAGGAAUGCAAAUUCGCCGGAUUACCAUACUGUAACUGUUUUUCAAAUGGUCUUGUAAUGUUUUUAUACUGGAUUGGAAUGGUCAAUUUAUUCUUUAUUUUUUGCAAGUUUGAAAACCUCACAUGGCAAGACUGUUCCAACAGAUUGGAAUAGAAUUUGUAAAAUGACUAAAAUGCAGAUUUUGGUGACACAUUUUAAUGAAUUUUCUGAUUUCUCUCAGCAAUUGUAUAGUGAAUGUGUAAUUUGUUUUUUACGUAUUAUGUCUAAAGUGUCCCAACUGAAAAAAUGUACAACUUGUAAUGUGCAAUAUUCUAUUCCUUAUUUUGCUUGUUUACUGCCGCUAGGGUGAUGACUCUCCGAUUUCAAAAAUAAAUAUUUCAAUUUAGGAA